CGCCCCGCCCAUCGGCCUGCGUAAGUGCGUCGUCUCUAUGGUGGCGGCGGAUUCGGAGGGACCUAGAGAUCCUGGAGUCAGGAUGUUCCGCCGGCAGCGUUCCAUCCCUCUUCGAGGCUCGGCUGCCGCCCUGUGCAACAACCUCAGUGUGCUGCACCUGCCGGUCUGCAACCUCACACAUUUUGGGGUAGUGCAUGGACCCAGCGCCCAGCUUCUCAGCGUUGCUCCUGAGGGUGUGCCCUUGGCCCAGCGCCAGCUCCACGCUAAGGAGGGAGCUGGAGUGAGCUCCCCACUUAUCACCCAGGUCCACUGGUGUGCCCUCCCCUUUCGGGUAUUGCUGGUGCUCACCUCACAUCGAGGAAUACAGAUGUAUGAGUCUGACGGCUCCGUCAUGGUCUAUUGGCACGCGCUGGACUCCAGAGAUGCCUCUCCAGUACAGGCUAUGUUUGCCCGAGGAAUUGCUUCCUGUGGCCAUUUCAUCUGUGUAGGAAUGUGGUCAGGCCGGGUACUGGUAUUUGACAUACCAGCCAAAGGUCCCAACAUCGUACUGAGUGAAGAGCUGGCGGGGCAUCCGACAUCAGUCACAGACAUCGCCAGCGAGCCUGCCCAGGAACAGGACUGCAUGGCUGACGUCGUGACAGCAGACGACUCAGGCUUGCUUUGUGUCUGGCGGUCGGGCCCUGAAUUCAAAUUACUGACCCGAAUUCCCGGAUUUGGGGUCCCAUGCACUUCCGUGCAGCUGUGGAAGGGGAUCGCAGCAGCGGGCUACGGGAACGGGCAAGUGCGUCUGUACGAGACCAGUACAGGAGCUCUGCACGUCCAGAUCAACGCCCACGCCCGGGCCAUCUGUGCCCUGGACCUGGCUCCGGAGGUGGGCAAGCUACUCUCUGCAGCCGAGGACACCUUUGUACACAUCUGGAAGCUGAGCAAACGCACAGAGAGUGGCUGCACCGAGGUGGAACACUGUCACGGAGAGUGUGUGCCCGACACUCAGGUGUGUGGCGCCCGAUUCUGUGACCCCUCAGGCAGCUCCUUUGCUGUGACUGGCUACGACCUCGCUGAAAUCCUGAGGUUCAGCAGUGAGUGAGAACAGAAAAGCCCUCCUUCCUCCCUGUGGUGUUUAUAAAGUGCCUCCUCCACCCA